UAAGAUGUCAACUAUCUAGAUAUAGAUUCUAGAUGUAGGAUCUAGACUAGCCCCACUCUAGCCUGCAUCUACAUUUAUAAUUCGGUUUAUUCUCGAUGAAAAAGACUGAAUGUGUUUUAUAAAAUGUCCAAAAGAUUCAAGUCGUAUCUUACCCAAUUUGAAAUGAAGGAAAAAGGGAAAGCUGUAAGUAGUACAUUUCAGUCCUAUAUAGACCUUCCAGGCGAUGAAAAUGGUGAGGUACCGGUUGAAGAAGAGGAAGUUGAAAAGGAUGCAUCUGCCUUUUUUGACAAUCUGCUUGAGCCAAGAAAAUUGCAAGGGGAGCGAAUGAUUGUAGGAGCAGACAGUGUCCUAAUGUUUGCCCCUUUCUCUAAUGGCAAACAAGGUAUCUCUGGACACUUGUUUAUUACAAAUUUCAAAAUAUCUUUUGUCACAGCGGAUAAAUCAUCUUAUCCUGAUGGAGAUAAUAACCAAGCACCUCAAAGAAAUAAGCUUUUGAACAAUACAGACAUUCCUUUAACUUGCGUUGAAGCUAUAUACCAAGUUAGUUCUGGUGACAAACGCAGAAGACUUCUGCCAGGAAUGAACAUAACAACCCAGACAAAAUACUUGGAAAUACAUUGUAAGGAUUUUCAAAUUCAUUCAUUUGGUUUCAAGUUUACAAUUAAAGAAAAUGCUCAGAAGAUCACUGACGCAAUAGUUCGUUUUUCUUACCCUGGUAAAGAAAAUUUGUUGUUUGCUUUUGAAUUUGGUCAUAACAGUCACCUUGAUGAAAAGCCUCCUCCUGAGUUCCUAGAACAAGGUGAUUGGGAGAGAGAACUAGAAAGAUUGCAGUGUCAGUCUUUCUGGAGAGUCUGUAAUGUGAACUAUGGGUUUCAUAUUAGUGAUUGCUUGCCAGAAUACUUUGUGAUUCCAUCAAGUCUGCAAAACAAUGACAUUAACAAAGCUGCUGCUCAGUUUGUAGAUAAUCGAAUUCCUACUUGGUCCUAUACAUAUUGUGUUAAUGGUGCCAGUCUGGUCAAAAUGUCUCAGUUACAGCCAGAAUCUGAUUUCAAGAAUUUAGAAGACAAAAUGCUAAGUGCAGUCAAAGAAUCUAGUGGCAAUGAGAAGGAUUUGUUUGUUUUGGACCUUUCUCGACAUUGUCCAUCUUUAGCUGAUGUUAGAACAAGUCAUGAAAAGUUUAGGGCCUUCAUUAUGACAGAUUCAGCUAAAGAUUUCUACAGUUCAGAUUCUCGUUGGUAUUCCAAUCUAGAGAACAGCCAAUGGCUGCAACAAGUCUCUUCUUGUCUGAAUGUUUCCAACCUUGUAGUCAAUCAGAUGAUUAGGGAAUCUGUGACAGUUGUUUUGAAAGAGGAAUAUUGCUGUGAUAUGAGCUGCCUUGUGUCAUCUCUUGUCCAACUACAACUAGACCCUGAGUACAGAACACAAGAAGGUUUUCAGAGUUUGGUGCAGAGAGAAUGGGUAGUCAUGGGCCAUCCAUUCCAAAAACGAUUAAACCUUAUUUGGAAUGCUAACAGUGAAACUGAGCAGGCUCCAAUCUUUUUGUUGUUCCUGGACUGUGUCUGGCAGUUACUGCAACAGUUUCCUUCCUCAUUUGCCUUUACUGAGACCUACCUCACAUCACUAUGGGACACUGUACAUGUUGGUAUCUUUGACACAUUUCUGUUCAACAAUGUCAGGCACCGCAGACAGUUUUUACAGAAUGGACGUAGGUUGACUCUUCUGUCAUUGCCCAGUGUUUGGGACUGGAAGUUUCACCUGUCUGAUGAACAGCAGCUGUUGUUUAAAAAUCCCCUAUACAUGCUGCGAAACAGCUACGACUUGGACAAAGUUGUGGAAAGUGCAAAAGGGGCAUUGAGACAUUCUGGGGAGAAGUUGAGAGAGAACUGUUACCGCUUGCUUCUAGGCUCCUCGCCACCAUCCACCUACAUGUUUGCUCUCCAAGACACUGUUCUAAGACCUGAAGUGACUGCAAGUUUGAUCAAGGUGUGGACCCAAUGCUACCUUAGGUGGAUCAUCCCGGCACAGAUUGUUGGUGGUGGUAACCCUUCACAGUACAUGCAGCAAUGUAUUUUGGCUGAAGAGGUCAUUUGUUUGAGACACAAACUUCAAACACUAAUGGAUGAAGCACAUGGGACACAGCAGACCCUAGGGGAUGAAAGUAGGAGGGCUCGAGGCUCACGUCCUAACAGUGGACUCCUGUUUGGUUCUACAGGCUAUCAAACCACUAGUAAGCAUUUAUCAUCAGUCUACAUAACCUCAUCUUUUCCAUUCAGUCCAGGGGUGUCCCAGCAUACCCAACACUCUCUCAUCUGUGGUCCCCUAUCAAGAUACUUAAAAGACACUGCUAUUGAUCCCUUAGAUGAAGCUCAAGAUGAUGAUUGAAUGUUAUGGUCUACAAUGUUCAUGUUUUUAGAAUUCACUGUUUCACGGAAUAAAUGCAGUCUUUCUUUUGAUGCUGUUUGUAUGCCAUGUUAAAAUCUAUAUUGUAUUUGUAUGUAAAUAUUCUUAUGUGGCAUUUAUUUACUAAUCUUAAGGUAUUAUAUUUAUUUUAUCUCUUUAUGUUUAUGGUCAGUGCAUAAUAUUGACUAAAAUUAUCCUACUGUAGCCUAGUUUGUUUGAUCACCAUAACAACAGAGUAACCACAAGUGAGUCUAGUCUUGCAACCAACCAUCCAGACCAUUUGUUGGGUACCUGCUAGGGGUGCAAUACAUGUCAUUGGUAGGUGAGAGAUUAAGUUGGGUAAUGCUGAAAAUUUCAAUAGAACUAAAUGCUACCCUCUUACCUACUGAUGAUUAUCUGAACUGAAGACUUGAUUAAGCUUAUUCUGAUCAUUAAUCAGUACAAUAGUUUUAUAUAUGUAUAAUGUGUUGUUGUUUUUUUCAGUACUUCACAAAAUGAUGAAAUGGAAUGAUUUUAAAAUACAUUAAGCUUUCUAUUUUUUAAUGCUAAAUUUCUUUUUUUAAAAGCUAAUAUUAGUAGUCAGUUAUAAAUAAACAUUGGUAAUUUUAAUAACUGACCCACUUUGUCCAAAUAAGUUUUUAAAAUGGUUUGUUUAUGUACACAAUGAUUUCAAUGUUUUUUCUUGACAUUUUUGUGUGUGAAUAUCUUCAUAAUUAGCAGAUUAGAUUUUGUUUCCUGAAAACUUAUGACAUUGUGACAAGUUCCAUACUGUAAGCUAAGAAUUCAAACAAUAUCCUGAAAUAUAAAUGUGCAUAUGUUUACUUUUUAACAACUUCAAUUUCUUGAUUUGUUUUUUUUUAUGCUGCAAUGGGUCACAUCCGAUUCUUUAUACCUAUUGUUGCAUGAAUACACUCAUAAAAUGUAUUCCAUUGACUUAUGCAUAAAUUAUUUUUUUUUAAGUACAUGUAUAACUAAAUAGAAUUAAAUAGCAAAGAACUAAAACCAGUAUUGUUACUCAUGAAUCAGAUAAGUGCUUAAAAUAAGUCAGUUUCAAAGGUCUUUGAUUUGUAAGCCAUUUUAAAAAUAUAAAUUCAAAUAGAAUUUUGGUUGAAUUUCGGUGAUAAGAUUUUUUUUUUUUAACCUCUGGUGAAGGCUUAACUGUUGUGUAAAUAUAAUGGAUUAUUUGUUGGGUUGAAAAAAAAAGAUUAUUAUUUAUUCAAUCUUCUGUUUGGUUUUAGGAUAAGAUUACAACAGUUGUACUUAGUCUACCUUAGAAGUAUUUGUUAAUAGCACUUUGUGUAGUAGUACAGAUGUAGAUUCUUCAGUUAUGGAAAGGAUUUUUUAAAAGGAAGUUUUCAUAAGUAAUAUUUCUGAUAAAGGUCUGCAGCUUUUCUAACUAGAACUUUUUCAAAUGUAAAAUUGUGACUAUACAUUUAAAUAGGCAGCUAUAACUAUCUCAUAUUCAAUGCCUUUUUACAAAAUGAUAUAACGUGCAUUUUGUUAGUAUCUAUAUAAAGGUAAUGUUUCUGGAGUGUUGCAACUGUUUUGUUCUGUGUUUCCUUAUAUGACUUCCCCUAUGAUCCCUCCUUAAACAAUAUGUAUUGUGAUAAAGAGCUGAUGGCUCAUCCUUUGUUUAUGCUGUUAGUGGCUUUCAAUUAUUUUGUGAUUUCUGAAAACACUGCCUUGUCUGUCUAUAAAACAAACUGUCAUUUAAACAGAAUUAUUCUAGAACAAAUUGGUGAUGUCAGUGAAAUUCACAGUGUGUAACAAUGAUUAAGUAUGCAUAUGUUCAUAUUGAAUUGCUCAUAUAUAUAAAUAUAUAUAUAAAUUACUCUGUAAACCACUAUUUAUUGUUUAGUUUUUUAAUCUAUUUAUGAUAACUAUCUAUAUUAAAGUUUCCCUUUUCUCCUCACAA